GGCUGUCCAUCAGCUGAAACAGUCUCAGUUUGAACUCACACUGUAGAGGGGGAACACAUCAAGCAAUGCUUUGAAGAACAGCGCCACAUGACGAAGUGUCAAAUUUACUUAAUAACAGAUUCCUUUCGGUGGAGUGGAGGUGAAUUUUUGAAAAGGAUCUCUUUGCUUCAAUGUGUCUGACAGAGGAGUCUGGUGUUUUCCAUUGUCAAACACGUACCAGAUGACCAUCCUUGUGUCCACGCUGAUUCAGAGCAAAGCUAAGGUAGUUGCAGGUAAAGUGUCUGUGUAUGAUAAUGUUCCUGAGCUUCCCUCUGACUAUGGCUGAGGUCCCUGGCCCAUGCAGACACUCCAUCACUAGGGAACACCUGCUGACAGUUAGGCAACUGAUGGAUAACCAGUUAAGAAGUGGGUGUUCAAUAAACUACACAUUCAUAGAACGGAGGAGUUUGAGCAAAUGUUGCUUUGUAAAAGCUGCAUUACCCUGGAUACUGGAGCUCCUUACGACCCACUUCAAAUACAUUCGGGGUUCAGUAAAUGAUGGCUAUGUUCAGUCCCUGAGGGCGCUCAUCCUCAACAUCUAUUCUCAGAAAUGUGUGCCUUGGAUUAAUGAAGAGAUUGAGGAUAAACCAGAGAGUUUUGAAGUGCUCUACAGAGGGUCUCCUUCGGAUGCAUUACAGAAGGUCUUAGAAGUCUUAAUGGUUUACUGGGAGCUGGUAACGACGAGCGAUGCACCGGUUGACUGGAGGUGCCAGCAUGAAUACACAGAAACCUUUGGCUCUACCACAGAGUUAUACACAGAGUUAUACACAGAGUUAUACACAGAGUCAAUCACACAACACUUUACAGACAGUUAUGACAGAGAUUCUGUGCAGGCCUCUCAGAGAGAACCAGUCAGUGACCUGUACAAGCUGGGUUUCAUCAUCGCAUCUAUCUGUGGAGGACUGCUGUUCAUUCUUACUCUCUACUGCCUCAUCACACACAAGAAAACUUACAACCCUUAUGGAUCAAGAUUACAAACAAACGCAAGCACAGACCUGCAGGACAUAGAAAUUGAGGGACAGUAAUGCAGUCACUGCAGCAGCAGACAGAGCACUUGUGAACCUGAGUUUUUGUGUCAGUAUAUGUGUAAUGUAUCAUGCACACCUUUUGGAUAAGAAGCUUUGCUUGAUCUGAGACCAAAGAUGGAACUUAUUGUUAAUAAUGUGGUAUGUAUAUUAUGUUUAUGCAUUUUCUAUUGCAGAUAACUUUUUAAGUUCACAAAAAAAAGUGUUUUUUAAAGCAGUUAUGUAUGUUGAAUUAUGUGUUUCUAUUUGCUACAAGUUAACAUCAUGUUUUUAAUGUUAUUUGCCAAACAUUUCCAAGAAUUAUUUAUUAUCGUCACUUUAUUCAAUCACUGUAUUGGUAAUAAAAGUUAACUAUCGAUAACCAGCUGAAACUUUAUUUAGCUAACCAGCUGUCCAGUUCAUAACUGAACACAGUACAUUCACAUCUAAAGAGCGGGUCAUGUUCUCAUUAAAGGAUUUAUAGCCACUUCAUAGUAUCCACUGUUGUACAUUUUGUGUUGGAAUUUUUUUUCUCUUGCAAAAACUUGCAAAGUUUAUCAAUCUAAAAAGUCUUUACAUAGUUGCUCUUUUGUUAAGAGAAUUCGAUUUUUUAUGUGAUUGUUUUUUUUAAGUAUUUCAAAACUGUACAAACAGUUUCAAUAUGACUUCUGUACAAUAAUGUGUUGUUGGUUACGAGAAUAGUUAGGAAAUUAUUACAAUAGAUGCAUAUCACUGCUGCAGCUUCAAAGGAAAUGUGUUUUAUUACAUAUGGAGGUGACAGAUUUUAGUGGGAAUAAUAACACAAUUUAUUCAUACGCACGCAUUACAAUCAUUACUGCAUGGUAAUGACAAAUAACUGGUUAUAAUACUGAGAAAACAUAAAGGCUUUGUGCACGUGGGUUUCUCUAAUGCUGUCAGUUGCUUGUAUUCACUUGUAUUUACUCCAUGAUGGUCAGGCCAAAUGUUUUAUUUGUGUUAAUAAAUACUUUAAUGGUUUUCAGAAGAACUGGACAAUUCCCCAAAAAGUGAAACAUUUGCAUGUGGCUUUGAGAGGACCAAAUCAGUAAAUCAUGUCGAAGGAUGUGCAUAUGCAUGUGAGCUGGCCUCUGUUUUGUUUUCAAUGAAUUUUUGAAGAAAACAGAGGGAAAACACAGCUCUUCGACCCAUCGUCUGCAGUACCAACUGCAACCUGCAAAACAGCAUAAUCUAUAACACACUUAAUUUCACAUGCUACCGCUUAUCAGAGUGCAAACCACCGUUGCAUGGCAGUGAUCCAUACUUUAUCCCAAGACACUGCACCAUUACAAAACAAGUAAAGCAUUUCUCUAAUUCAAUUUAGUGCCUUUCUGCAAGGGAUUAAAGGCAGCUGUUGAAGAUGAAAAGGCAAGUUGUCUUCAACAAUAAAUAUGUGGGAACUGCUUAAGAUCAGUUAGAAGAAGUGGAGAUACCUUUUGACAGUCCUCUUUCCCAGCUCAUCUGCUUCUUACCUUCAAAUUAGAGGAAACCAAAUUAACUUGUUGUCAAAAACU